AUGAACAAGGUAUCGGAAAUAAUCGAAAGGUGUAAAGAUAAAACGUAUUUAAAUCAAAACAAAACAUUUCUUAAAGAGUUAUUUAGACAGCGGAAAAGUAUAGAUUGUCUUAAAAAUGAAUUAAAUGGUAAAAGAAAUUAUUUUGUACUUAAUAUUUUAGAAAGAAUAGAUUACGACUUUCAUCUUAUUAUUCCUACACUAGAAAAGAAAUAUAUUACACAGUACAUGUAUGCAUCAAUGUUCUGGUUGUAUAAAAAGGCUUAUAUUGAUAAAAAGCAAUUAGAAAAAAUACAAGAAAAUUUUAGAGUCAUGAAAAAUUUUACAAAAAUGUUUGAAGACACAGAAAACCAUUUUUUAAUGUUUAGAAUAGAGAAUGACAGAAAAUUACAAAAAAUAAUUAAAGAAGAUUACAAUAAUAAGACAAUACCAAAUAUAAAAAUAUUACCCAAUUUUGAAGGGGAAUAUGUUUUUAUUUUAAAUGUAGAUUCCUUAUUCGAUCUUGGAGGAUAUAAUGAUUAUGACAUAGAUGAUGCAAAAGAAAUGAUUAGUAGAAUUAAACACGAAUUUUCUAAAUUUAAUUACACUAAUGAAAAUGAUAGUUACAAUAUAAAUAGAAUAAGGAAUAAAUUUCAUUAUUCUACAAUGUUAUACAACAAAGUAGAUAGAAUAUUAAAUAAUAAAUUUAGUAAAAUAUACAAUAAUAUUUUACAAGUUAAAAGGAAAGGUGUAGAUAUAAAAUUAGUCAGUGAAUGUACUAUUUUACAAUUGUUAUCAGAAAUAACAUUUUUUAGAUAUGAAACUAUUUCGUAUGAAGAUAUUUAUUCUGUAAAAGAUAAACAAGAGGAAUACACUAAAAUAUUUAUAAAAAAUAAAGGGAAGCGUAUUGUUAUUUUUGGUGAGAAAGAUAAGAUUGAAUAUGAAGAUAAAGUUUAUUACAUAGAUAUAAAAUAUUUAAAUAUAUUUAACAAAAUAAUAUUAGAAUAA